AUGCAUUUACUCAAUCUUACACUGCAAGCUCCAUCGAAUAUAACUUCGGCAACAGUCGGUAGUUUCUCUGGAACGAAAGGACAAGAGAUAUUAGCUGUUAGAGGUUCAACUAAGUUGGAGAUAUUGAAGUUGAAUACUUCUACUGGACAACUGGAUACGAUAUGUUCAACAGAGGCAUUCGGUACAGUAAGGAAUGUUGUGGGAUUCAGAUUGGCGGGAAUGACAAAAGACUACAUCUUAGCAUCAUCUGAUUCAGGUAGAUUAUCAAUCUUGGAAUUUGUCGUUACGCCAACACCACAUUUCGAAAGUUUGUAUCAAGAAGUAUAUGGUAAAUCAGGUAGUCGACGAGUGGUACCCGGACAAUACCUAGCAGUAGAUCCAAAAGGACGAAGUUGUUUGGUAGGAGCAUCAAAACUUGUUUACGUGUUAAACCGAAAUUCAGAAGGAAAAUUGUUCCCAUCAUCCCCAUUAGAAGCCCAUAGAAAUCACAGUUUGGUGACGCAUAUUGUUGGUGUAGAUCAGGGUUAUGACAAUCCACUCUACGCUGCAUUGGAAAUGGACUAUUCAGAAAGUGACGAGGAUCCAACAGGAGAGGCAUACGAGAAUGUACAAAAGUACCUCACUUUCUAUGAGCUUGAUUUGGGUCUCAACCAUGUAGUGAGAAAAUGGAGUGAGCCAACGGAUAGAAGAGCAAACUUGCUAGUGCAAGUACCUGGUGGCCAAAAUGCCAAUUCUGAUAGAUUUGACGGGCCUUCUGGUGUACUGGUCUGUACAGAGAACCAUAUCAUUUGGAAACAUAUGGAUGUAGAAGCACAUAGAAUACCCAUACCUAGACGGAGAAAUCCGUUAGCUCAAAAGGGAGAAAGCAGUAAAGGACUGAUCAUCGUUGCAGCAGUGAUGCAUAAGAUCAAGGGCGCCUUCUUUUUCUUGCUACAAUCGGAGGAAGGAGAUUUGUAUAAAGUAUGGAUAGAACAUGAAGGAGAGGAUGUCAAAGCGCUCAAAAUUAAAUAUUUUGAUACUGUUCCGGUGGCAAACAGUCUGUGUAUCUUGAAGAGUGGUUAUCUCUUCGUAGCAAGCGAAUUCAGUGACCAGAACUUGUACCAAUUUCAAGCUCUAGGUGAUGAUGAUGGAGAGCAAGAGUGGUCUUCGAUCGAUUACCCUGAUAACGGCAAUGUAGAAGGACCCCUUCCAUUCGCUUUCUUCAAUCCUCGACCAUCGCAAAAUCUGCUGCUGGUAGACACGCUCUCUUCCCUAGAUCCUAUCACAGACGCUUCCGUCGUUAACCUUCAAGGAGCAAGCUCGGACACCCCUCAGAUCUAUGCCGCUUGUGGUAGAGGUCCAAGAAGUACAUUUAGAACUCUCAAACACGGAUUAGACGUUUCUGUAUUGGUCAGCUCACCUUUACCUGGUGUACCCACCAACGUCUGGACUCUGAAAUUAACGGAAGAAGAUGAAUAUGACUCCUAUAUCGUCCUCUCUUUCCCCAACGGUACACUCGUUCUCUCCAUCGGUGCGACUAUCGAAGAAGUGAACGAUACGGGAUUUUUAUCUUCGGGUCCUACGCUUGCUGUUCAACAACUCGGCGAUCAAGGCUUGUUGCAAGUGCAUCCUUACGGUUUGCGACAUAUUCGAGCUGCGGAUCGUGUAGAUGAAUGGCCCGCACCUCCAGGUCAAACAAUCGUUGCUGCUACCACCAACAAGAGGCAGGUUGUCAUAGCGCUCAGUACAGCUGAACUAGUCUAUUUCGAGCUUGACCCUGAAGGAUCAUUGAGCGAGUAUCAAGACAAGAAGUCAUUACCUGGUAAUGCCACUUGUCUAAGUAUUGCCGAAGUACCUGAGGGAAGAAGACGAACGCCUUUCUUGGCCGUUGGUUGUGAUAACCAAACAGUAUCAGUCAUCUCCCUCGAACCUGACAGCACUCUUACUACCCUUUCCCUUCAGGCGUUGACCGCUCCACCUGCCUCUAUCUGUCUAGCCGAGAUCUUUGACACUUCCAUCGAUAAAAAUCGAGCUACGAUGUUCUUGAACAUUGGUCUGGCUAAUGGUGUACUGUUGAGAACAGUCGUGGACCCCGUAGAUGGAUCGCUAUCCGAUACUCGACUGCGAUUCCUCGGUGCAAAACCGCCCAAACUCGUCAGAUCUACUAUCCAUGGACAACCUUCCGUGAUGGCGUUCUCAAGUCGAACUUGGUUACUAUACACAUAUCAAGACAUGCUCCAAACUCAACCCUUGAUUUAUGAUACUCUUGAAUACGCUUGGAACUUGUCAGCUGCUAUGUGUCCUGACGGUCUUAUAGGUAUCUCAGGUAAUACACUGAGGAUAUUUACAAUCCCAAAGCUUGGUGAAAAGCUUAAACAAGAUAUUCUCCCUCUUUCGUACACACCUCGUAAAUUCGUUAGUCACCCAUACAACACUGUCUUCUACAUGAUUGAAUCAGAUCACCGAACGUAUGCUCCUUCCACGAUACAGAGGAUCAUAGGGGAGAAAGAAGCGAGCGGGAACAGAGUGGACAAAUCUGUACUUGAAUUACCGGCAAAUGAGUUUGGUAGACCCAGAGCGGGAGCGGGUCAUUGGGCUUCGCUGUUGCGAGUGUUGGAUCCUUUGAAUAACGAAUCCCUUGCGACUUUCGAUCUGGAUGAAGAUGAAGCUGCGUUCUCGAUUGCCAUAGCUUACUUUGAGCGAGGCGGAGGUGAACCUUUCUUGGUCGUUGGUACCGGUGUGAAGACCACACUCACCCCCAAGGGAUGUCAAGAAGGCUGGCUGCGAGUGUAUGCGAUAAAGGAGCAAGGAAGGGUGUUGGAGUUCAUGCACAAGACGAAGACCGAUGAUGUACCACUUUGCCUAGCUGCUUUCCAGGGCUUCCUGCUUGCUGGUAUAGGGAAAUCAUUGAGAUUGUAUGAGAUGGGUAAGAAGGCAUUAUUGCGGAAAUGCGAGAACAACAGCUUCCCAACUGGUGUAGCAACCAUAAAUGUCCAAGGCGCACGAAUUAUUGUUGGAGACAUGCAAGAAUCAACAUUCUACUGUGUGUAUCGAUCUGUGCCAACGCGACAAUUGUUGGUCUUCGCCGACGACACUCAACCAAGAUGGUUGACAUGUGUGACAGAAGUAGAUUAUGAGACCAUCGUUUGUGGAGAUAAAUUUGGAAAUAUUUUCUUGAAUCGAUUAGAUCAACGGGUGUCCGAGAACGUGGAUGAUGAUCCCACAGGAGCGACCAUCUUGCACGAAAAAAGUUUCUUGAUGGGAGCAGCUCACAAGACUGAACUAUUAGCACAUUAUAACGUUGGAAGUAUCGUCACUUCAAUAACCAAAGUACCUUUAGUAGCUGGAGGAAGAGAUGUUUUGGUUUAUACUACCAUCUCAGGUACUGUAGGAGCCUUAAUACCGUUUGUCUCUGUCGAUGACGUUGAGUUCAUGUCUACUUUAGAAUUGCAUAUGAGAUCACACAACGUUUCAUUGGUCGGACGUGAUCAUCUUGCUUAUAGAGGAUAUUACGUUCCUGUCAAAGGAGUGAUAGAUGGUGAUUUGUGCGAAAAUUUCAACUUAUUACCUUAUAGUAAACAACAAGCCAUAGCGGCAGAUCUGGACGAAAGAAGUGUUGGCGAUGUCUUAAAGAAAUUAGAACAAAUGAGAACGAGUAGUGCUUUCUAG